AUGGAUAUCCCUACCUCAGAAAGGCUAGCAAUAAUUGAUAACCAGAUCCAUUUGGUAGAAGCCGAGAGGCUCGCAUGUGAGCAAAGGCUUGCUCUGUUCUGGGAGCACCUGCCUGCCAUCGAUCCAGCGGAUGUGGCUGCAGCCAUGCAAAAUCUCCAGGGCCGCAUUUGCAAUCUGAAAAACAGGAAACGGGACCUCCUCAACGAGAAACAAGCCCUGAUUGUGCAGGCCAUCACCCACCUCGCCCCCGGUCGCCGGGAAGACUAG